UCUUGGAUCCAGAGAGAGCACAGAGCUAGCUAGUUAUGCCAUGGCAGACCACGGUGACCACGGCCAGGAGCGGCACGUCGGAGGCCCGUCGUCGCUCGCAGUGGCCUCGCUCCUAGCGCUCGCAGGCGGGUUCCUCGUCCUAUCCUUCACGGCGCUGGCCAUCUCCAUCACAGGGCUCGCCGUGGCAGCGCCACUGCUCCUGCUCUGCAGCCCGGUGCUAGUCCCAGCAGCGCUGCUGGUGGCUUUGGAAGGAAUAGGUAUGGCAGCGUCAGGAGCACUCGCCCUUGGGGGAAUCGCGCCGGCCAGGUCAUUGCAGACCAAGUAGCUAGAAAGCCUUAAUAAUCUCUUAAUAUCAUCACAAUCAUGUAUGAUUUCACUUCAAGCCUGUAGCUCGUUCUAUAUAGUAUGUAGUAUCCAUAAAUUCAUUGUACAAACAAUCGAGGGUAUUGCUAAUUACCUCCUAUGUAUCAGUCUAUAUGUACUUUAUUUUUAUAGUUCUUCAGCCGUGUAGAUAGAAGUAUAGAACUACACAUCCUGUAGUCCCAGUUGUUCCUGUACAAAAGCACAAGGCAAAAUGUAUUUCAGCUUAAACCAACUCAUGCAAAUACCAACUGCAUAGAUAUAUACGUUUAAAUCUUGGCAAAAUGCUAGGGUAGCACUCUCUCUAAAGAUAACCAGAAAAGAAGAUUAAAAGAACAUUUUAGGAGUACCUCGUUGACGAAGAAGGCGUGGAACCCGUAAGGAACCCGGGUCGGCAG